GAAGAUAACUCUCCCAAUGCAGUAGGGCCGGGGUUCCACCGCAGGAAACACUAAGAGAAGAACCGCCGGCAAAGCGCUUUCCCCGCCGCAUUUAACCGGCUGUGAGCUCUGUAACCCCCAAACCAAUUGCGACGAGUAGAUUAAGGUCUCUCCUCGGCAAUGAAGCUUCGCUUGGCCUUGAAUUUAUCCCCAAAUCGGAUGAUGUGGUCCGAUGAGUAGACUAUCUUCUGUUCAACAAAAGUGUCAUAUACAUUUGUUUUCUUCCCCCCUAUUUGCUUCUUGACCCCAAUACAUCUCUCAAGUGAUUCCUCCAACAGCACCAGCAAAAAAUGGUUCUACGAAUUGUCAUCGUCGGCGCAGGGCUUAUUGGACCUCGACAUGCCAAAUCUGUUAUCUCCAAUCCAGACACAGAGCUCGUAGCGCUCAUUGAUCCAAUUCCCAAUGCUGCCAGGGUAGCGCAGGAGCUACAAACGAGCUACUAUCCAACUGUCGAAGCCAUGAUGCAGGCCAUUCCCAAGCCUGAUGCAGCCAUCGUUUGCACGCCCAACCACACCCACGUCCCCGUCUCACGAGAGCUCCUAGCCAGUGGCGUCCACGUCCUAGUUGAGAAACCAGUCAGUGACAGCAUUGACAAUGGCCUGGCACUGCUACAGUUUGCGCAGCGGCCAGAGAACGCCCACCUCAAGCUGUUGGUAGGACACCACCGUCGGUUCAACCCGUACGUCCUGAAGACCAAGAAGAUGGUGGAUGCCGGAUCUCUGGGCCAGGUUAUCGCCAUUAACGGCCUGUGGACAUUGUUCAAACCGGAACAAUACUUUGCGCCUCCAGGUGAUUGGCGUCGUGCUCGGUCAUCGGGUGGUGUGGUUCCGAUCAACCUUGUGCAUGAUAUUGACAUUAUGCAUUACCUGUUCGGCCCGAUUGUGCGCGUUCACGCUGAGAAGACCCUCUCGCAGCGCCCUAACCCCCCUCACGAGGCCGAGGAGGGUGCUGCACUGACGCUUCGGUUCGCUUCAGGCGUUGUCGGUACAUUCCUUGUCUGCGAUGCUACGCCAUCUCCACAUAACUUUGAGGCUGGGACCGGCGAGAAUCCGCUCAUUCCCAAGUGUUCUUCUGGCGCAGACUUUUACCGCAUCUUUGGUUCUGAUGCCUCUCUCAGUGUCCCAGAUAUGACGCGCUGGAGUUACGAUGGCCGCCCGGACAAGAGCUGGAACCAACCAUUGACGGUCGAGAAGUUUGACGUGGAAGAAGCGACUCCGUUCGAUUUGCAGCUUGCCCAUUUCGUCGAUGUCAUCCAAGGCAAAGCCGAGCCCAGUUGCUCCGGUAAGGAAGGCCUAAGGGCCUUACUUGUGUGCCAAGCUGUACAAAAGGCACUCGAAACCGGACAGACAAUCGAACUAGAUCAGACCGUUCUUGAAGGAAGCCGCUAAUUGAUGAGUGAUUUGAAGGCCAUGGGGUUGAAACAGUCUGAAAGAAGAGGACAGAAAGACAGCAAGUCCAGGUAGGGUAUAGCUAGGUUUAUAUAAUAAAUGAUUAUCACAGGGUUUCCAACAGA